AAGGAAUAAAGCCUCUUCAGAUAAACCAAUUAGAUUAUUUGAUUUGCUUUUAUGCUUAGAAGAUGAUAUAGCGACAAUUCAGGAAGAACUUGGUAUUGUCAGUUAUACUAAUCAAGAAAUGGCAGAAGAAGCCGAUAAAAAUGCAAGAGUAUACCUCCGAAAGUUUGAAGAAUUUCAUAGUCCCUUAGAAGAUGUUCCAAGUGUAUUAAUACAGAAAUUCAUUGAUAGUGGGGUAAAGAAAAUUUGGUUUACUGGUAAGGGACUAUCAUUAUUUUCGAAUGUCUCUCUUCAACAAUUGCAUGAGAUUUUUGUUAAAAAAUCAGCUAGCAACAAUCAGUGUCCAUGUCUAGAAUCAAAAGUAGAACAAGAAAAAUUAUCACAGAUAUAUAUAUAUCACAGCAAAUAA